UUCCGGGAGGUGGCGAGGCGGCUGCAGGUCCCUCCCUGCGGAGCCGCUGGUCCGGCGAGCGGGGAUGUGACCGCGGGCCCUGCCGGCCUGCCCCGGGCGUCGCCUCAGCUCCUGCGUCAGUGCCCUCAGUCUACACGAUGGCGGGGUCCGGCUGCGCGUGGGGCACGGAGCCGCCGCGGUUCCUGGAGGCCUUCGGGCGGCUUUGGCAGGUACAGAGCCGCCUGGGCAGCGGCUCCUCGGCGUCGGUGUAUCGGGUGCGCUGCUGCGGCACACCCGGCUCACCCCCUGGCGCCCUCAAGCAGUUCUUGCCGCCCGGAACCACCGGGGCUGCGGCUUCAGCCGCGGAGUAUGGUUUCCGCAAAGAGAGGGCGGCGCUGGAGCAGCUGCAGGGGCACCGGAACAUCGUGACUUUAUAUGGAGUCUUUACAAUCCACUUCUCUCCAAAUGUGCCCUCACGCUGUCUGUUGCUUGAACUCCUGGAUGUCAGUGUUUCGGAAUUGCUUUUAUGUUCCAGUCACCAGGGUUGUUCCAUGUGGAUGAUACAGCAUUGUGCCAGAGAUGUUCUAGAAGCCCUUGCUUUUCUUCAUCAUGAGGGUUAUGUCCAUGCAGACCUCAAACCACGUAACAUAUUGUGGAGUGCAGAGAAUGAAUGUUUUAAACUCAUUGACUUUGGACUUAGCUUCAAAGAAGGUAAUCAGGAUGUAAAGUAUAUUCAGACAGACGGGUAUCGAGCUCCAGAAGCAGAACUGCAGAAUUGCUUGGCCCAGGCUGGCCUGCAGAGUGAUACAGAAUGUACCUCAGCAGUAGACCUCUGGAGCCUAGGAAUCAUUUUACUGGAAAUGUUCUCAGGAAUGAAACUGAAACAUACAGUCAGAUCUCAGGAAUGGAAGGCAAACAGUUCUGCCAUUAUCGAUCACAUAUUUGCCAGUAAAGCAGUGGUGAAUGCCGCCAUUCCAGCCUAUCACCUAAGAGACCUUAUCAAAAGCAUGCUUCAUGAUGAUCCAGGCAGAAGAAUUUCUGCCGAAAUGGCACUGUGCAGUCCGUUCUUCAGCAUUCCUUUUGCCCCUCAUAUUGAAGAUCUGGUGAUGCUGCCCACUCCAGUGCUGAGGCUGCUGAACGUGCUGGACGAUGACUAUCUGGAGAACGAAGAGGAGUAUGAAGACGUUGUAGAAGAUGUGAAAGAGGAGUGUCAGAAAUACGGACCAGUGGUGUCUCUGCUUGUUCCAAAGGAAAAUCCUGGCAGAGGACAAGUCUUUGUUGAGUAUGCAAAUGCUGGUGAUUCCAAAGCUGCUCAGAAAUUACUUACUGGAAGGAUGUUUGAUGGGAAGUUUGUAAUGGCUACGUUCUACCCACUGAGUGCCUACAAGAGGGGAUAUCUGUAUCAAACCUUGCUUUAAUCAGUCACCUAAGGACUGUUUCCUGUUUCUCCUCUUCCAUUUCCUGGAUUAUUGUAUUCCACAUCUGAAUGCAGAAGCAGCCCCUAACCAGUUAAAAGGGGUACUUUGUACAUUUGUCUAAUCCUACUAAUGUGCAGCCAUUGCCCAGGCAGGGGCUGCCUUGCAGACAUUUGGCACUGAUUAGGACAAGGUCUCUCAGCUAUACAGUGAGGGAUUCUAGAGCAUCCCUGUGGGCAGCCGUCUUUCGUGCAAUAGGGCAGGUGCCGCUCUUCAGUACGUAACCUAAAGCGGUAUUAUUUCAUGUGAUCGCGAAGCAAGGAUGACUAAUAUCAUGUCAGUGAAUAUUUCUUAAAAUUUGUUAGGGUUGGUGACAUCACUUAGAGAUGAUGCCUUUAUGUUGUCAGGUGGUUCUUGUUGUUGAUCUCCAGAGCUGGCACUGGAUUCUCUCAGCAAUGUCAAGUAAUUGUCGAACAGCAAUUACCUACUGUGUUCUGAACACGAAGUUGUGAAUUUUUUAAAAAGGAGUACUGUAGUCCUGAAUAUUCCUUUGAAGAAACUGCAGUGAGCCUAUCUACUUUUAUUUUUAAUUACAGCUUUUAAAAUAGAAAGCUGAUGCUUGAUCUUGCACAAUUUUUAUGUCUAGUGUGUAUGCCUGAGUGUGUGUGCAGGUGUGUGAGAUGAGAGAAAAUCUGAGUCAGCGUACUUUAUAGUGUGAGUUUUGUGAGCUAAUACAGUCUAUGCCCAACUUUUCCCUACCUGUUUCGUACCUGUAGGUUUUUGAGAGGUGAUCCGUCUGAUAUAAUGUAAAUGACAAAACAGUUCAUUCCUUAGAGGCUCAGAGCAAACACGAGCCUAGACUGUUUGGGGCUGCAUUGAAACUGAAUUUAAGAAACAAAAGGUUUUGCUACACAUGGAUUGCCCCAUCCUUUGGUCUGCUGUAGCCCCUGAUUUUUAUGCUGGCUCUCCUCUGAUCUUCAGAUUUCUUGACUCACGGUUCUCACUUUCCCCUCCCGCAAUUUUCUGCCUCUUUACCCUUAGGGGAAUGAGAAACUAGAGGAAAGCACCCCAGUCGGGCUGGCUUUUGACUGCAGGGAGGUUUAGAAAGUAGAAGUAGAAAGGAAGGGAAACUCAAAGAAUCUUAGAAAGAUUCAUAGCAAUCUCAUGCUUUCCUGAGCAGAGCAUGUCAUAGGUGGUUGCAUAGUUUAAAGAAAUAAUUAUGGAUUCCUUUCACUUUAUCUUAGUUUGCUCUUAAAGUAUAAAAAUUAGGACACCUAUAUAAAGCACUGAUGAUACAAAAGAAUACCAAUGACAAGUUGUAUAAAGGUUAUGAAUUUUUUCCUGUGUCCUAACCUGAAUGGGAUUUUAUUUAUUUUCUUUAAGGAAAAACGUCUUUUCUAUUUUUCCCUGCUGGAAGCCGCCUCCCAUAGUCUUUCCUUUUGUGUGCUGUUAGGUUACUGAGUGGCCAAUAAGGAUUUACGUUUUAGAGGAUGAAUCCUUUUGCCCUAUUCAGACAGUCACUAUUGUAUUUCACUUAAGGUUGUCAAAACAUUCAGGACUCUUCCUUAAUAUUUAUUAUAAAGCCAAAUUCGGUUUAAGAGAGUUUGUUUAUGACCUGCCAAAAGGCCUUGUAGCAUGGUUCCCAAGGGAAAAUUAUAUAGUAGGCUUCCAAUGUGUGUCCUUAGGAGAAUUAUUUGAUUUUAGGCCUGUUAGAGGUUGGUUAGUUGGUUUAUUUUCAGAACAGAAUUCAUGGAAGUAUUCCCAGCUUUGUGGAGACCUAAGCUUCCCUAAAUGUUUGUGUGGACAACAGCUUCUAUGAUGAUUAGAAACACCAGUUCCUACAUACUGAUGAGCAGAAUACAAAUGAAUUCUUUUAAGGGCAAGUAGUCUAGAUUAAGGGAGCCCUGGUGGCGCGGUGGUUAAGCGCUUGGCUGCUAAACAGAAGGUUGGUGGUUUGAACCCCUCAACUGUUCUAUGGGAGAAAGAUGCGGCAGUCUGUUUCUGUAAAGAUUGACAGCCUUGGACACUCUGUGGGGCAGUUCUACCCUGUCCUAUAGAUGGUUAUGAGUCGGGACUCGACUGGCCAGCAGUGGGUUUUUUGGAGUUUAGGGUAGCACAUGAACCUUUCUUAUCCCCCUCUCCACCACCACCGCCGACGCCACCAAAAAAAAAAAAUCUUUACAGGUAAACUGCAGGGAUGCCUCUAAGAUUAGUAAUGCAGUGUGCUGCUAACAUCUCGUUGAAUUUCACAGCGUUCUUUGACCAUUUUACUGCUUAUGUAUUCAUAUAUAUACAUAGUGUUUAACACUGUCGAAUUUUAUUACAGAAGAUGCUAACUAGAUUUUAGGGAAACUGAGGGACAGUUAACUUAAGUAACCAUACAUUGAAAUGAAUAUUUUAUUAGAGCUACAGAUUUGAAAAAAGACGCCUCCUAUAAUUAAAGUCAUUUUAUAGCUCUUAGCCCAUUAUUGCCAAAGAUGACGCUUGCAGAGUCUCCCUUCCUACUCUGAUAGAAUCAGAAGUUUGUAUCUUAAUGUCUUUCUUAAACCUAAACCAAAUAGUAUCAAAAGAUGCAAUUUUCACAGUUCUUUUAGGAUGAAAUUUGUAGACAGGGGUUUUGAUCCCUUGAAGUUAAUGAAAACCUAGACACUUUGUUUUUAAGAGGCAGGGAAAAGAGGUGAAAAUUCCCAUCACAUAACCCUUACCCUUUUGGAAGAAUAUUUAUCUCAGGUAGCUUUUCUUUCCCCAGGUUAAUGCUUGUGCUUCCUUUGCUCUUGCCUUCCCAGUUUCUUCUUUAUUGUUCCAUGGUAUUUCCGUGGCACAUUUGGCUCUAGAAAAGGUGGAUAAAGUGAUUAUUCUAUAGAAGAUCUUUGGUCUUUGGAACACCAAAUUGAGAGGAGGUAGCCAGCUAGCCACUUCCAAAACUUUAAUACUACAUUUAGAGGAAAAGAAUUAAAUAGUUAAAUCUGGACACCUCACUAAGAGAUAGCACUAGCUAAAAUAACUGAAGUUUGCUUUUAAAGGAAUUAAAAAAAAAUGUAUCCUUUUGCAAUAAGAACUUUGCAUUUAUUGCCACUGGAUGUCUUCCUUGUUUUACGGCCAUCAAUACAGCAAUUCUUUUUGGAGAAAUUCCCUUUCUGCUAUUGAGCCAAAACUAUGACUAAUUAUUAUAGAAUAAAAACCAUAAAAAUAGUUUUACUCAUCCUCUUUUUUGAGUUCUCAUUGAGACAAGAAUUGCCUUCCUUUUGGUACUCUAGCUGCUUAAGAGUACGGAGAGAUGAUAAAUUAACCUUUAGAAAAAAAAUAACUCUGAAUUCUUACUUAACUUGCUUUUAGACCCAUGUUACUUUUAUUUUAAUUGUUGAGCAAAUAGAAGGAAUACUGCCAGAAACAGUGCUGCCAUCUAAAGGAAGUUGAAGAGAAACGAUGGACAUAAGGUUUGUUUCUGUCUUGCCACACUGUUCUCCCAGAAAAGUUUUGAACCUGGUAAGGGCAUCGUGUACCUUUCUGGGAUAAAUUAAAGGCAGAGUGACGGCGCUCAUCACGGAGAAUGCUGUUACACGGUUCGUCGGAGUUCAUUCGUCAGUUACAGCUGACUAUAAAGUUUGGGCAUCAUUUUUUCUUAGGUCUUAUAUUCUAACUUUUAAUUUAGGCCUCACCUUCAUAAUUUCUGCUAUCAGCUAUACUUGGCAGCAUGAUACUUUAUUUUUUUGUAGUUAAUUUCUUGAAAAUCAGCACCAUAGUAACUGAUAAUCAUCACAACAACAUAGUUACCGGGUGGAGGGGUGGGAGAGACCUCAGUAACCAAGUGUUUUACCUAGAAUCUUAUGCAAGGGUACAUGCUAGGUGACUUAAUUCAGAUUAGGGUACAGAUGGAAUCACAGCGUGACUUUAGUCUGGUGCGUGUGUAGACAGUCAAAGGUUUAAGCAAGUGCCUUCUGUUUACUGGAAAAUGUUAACACUCGUUUCGGUGAAGGCUUCCCAGGUGGUGAUAAUUAGUUGCACUUCUUCCUUUUCUGUGGAAUAGAUUGACGUCCAGAAUUUCCUUGGUUCACGUUUUAUGUGCGUGUGUAAAACUGUUUAUGCAUUUUUUCCAAUAUUACAUAUGAUGGAAAGCCGGAAUUAUCUGACAGAAUCUUAACUCCUCUUGGAUCUAGUUCCAUUUUUAAUAUCAGGUUCCCUUCUCAAAUCUUACUACUCUGUCUCUGUGAUACAAUUUAUUUAUUUCUCAUCAAGUAUGGUCCCAUAUAGACCAGCCCUUGGUCACAGAUUAGCUCAAAAAAUUUUCCAUUUCCUCUUAAGGUGCUCAGUAAAUCACCUUUAUUUUGAGAUAGUAGUCUUUCAAAUUAGCAUUUCUUAGCUUCCUCAAUGAAUAUAAAAAAGUUCAGUCUCCAUAAUAUGGAACCCAUCUGAGCCUUUUGUGGUAUAUUUGGAUAAAUUACCUUUUCUUUAUCAUAGAGGACCGUGGAUAUUUUUGUUUUGGGAGUAUCCAGAAUUUUAGAGAUUUUGUUUUGUUUUAGCGUAGCUUCUAGUCUGCCUGAUAACACAGACUAUAUCAUGUUUAUUAUCCUAGUCACCUUCCCCACAUCGUUUUUCACUAUCUUAAGUUACAUGAUAACUAGCAGUUUCACCCAGUGGCAUAUAAUUGACAAGUACUAUGGAUAUUUAAGAAGAAAGGAAACAAUUCUAACUUUUUAUUGUAAUUUUAUAGAAGAAAUGGUCUGUAAAAUAUCUAUAAACCAGAGAGCAUUUGAGAAAUUUUAUAUUUUAUAGGUGGUGAUUAAGGUGACCUCCAGCAUGUAAGAUACAUCACUAGUUUACACAACCUUCGUCCUCCUCAUAUGAAGUUUUUCUUCAUUUUCCUACAGCUCAGCACUUUGUUGUUCCCUGUACUGCUUAUAAGGAUUAACAUUAUAAAUUUGCUGUAUUUGUGCUUUUCAGAGAGUUGUCAGAAUCAUAGCAGUUGUGUUUGUAGCACCAGAAAACUCUGUAAUUCAUGGGAAACUUAUCCAAUGAUGCCUGAGUGUUAUUUCCCGUUCAGUAGGGUGGCUGUCACAGGAAUCUGAAGAAAAAGGAUGGUUAUUUUGAAAGCCAUGUAUAUUUUAUGACCUAGGUUCGUAGUAUUUUAAGGGCAAAAGGAAGUAGCCUGUCUUAUUUGCCCUGUGUGACCAUUGAUCCUUGUUGUGCAGAAGAGAACUUACUUCGUUACACUGCUUUGUAUAACAAAAAUAAGUCACAUUCUGAAAAACAAACUGGAGUCGCUAUUUUUUGCUUGCUUGGUUGGAGGUUUUUUUUUUUUGAAACCUCUACGUAAGGAUCAGAGCUACUUGCUACCAUAAGCGCUGCUGGCAAGAGAAUUAUUUGUAUUCACUUUUUAUCCCAGGAUUGAGAUUGUCUUCCCCUUCUAGGUAUCUUCCUUUACUAAUGUUGGUGAUAUCAGGAACAAUGAGUGCGUAAAAGCAAACGUAAUGAGGUAUUCUAAAAUCACACAUGUGGAUCCAGAAUCUCUUCAGUUGUUUGCAUUUAUCUAUAGCCAUAUUAUUUUAUUAGCACUGGUUGUCAGAAGUCUGCCAAAUUCAAGAGGAAAGAGGAAAAAGAUAAAAAUAGCGAGAUGAGGGAAAGAAAAUGGCUUCCUUUCUGACUAUUAUUAUAUAAUCUAAAAAUGAUAUUUAUUUUUUAAAAUCCAGGCUUGGUACCUAUAGCAGAGAAACAUUGUCUUCCUACACGUCUCUCAUUAUUCUAGAAAAUUACUGUAAAAGCUUAUGAAACCAAAUUAACUGCCCAUGGUCAGUUUGGCCUACUUUUUACGAAUAAAUAUUUGAGCUCCUGCUUUUGUAUAUUUGGUGUGCAUCACCACUCAUGCAGAUUACGGUCGGGAAGGAACGGGGUUAGCCAUGUCUGUGCCUCCCAUUUGCACACUGGGUACGGCAGGUGGCACUAGUAUGCACUAGCUGCAGAGUGACAGCACUUGUGGAAGUAAGUGGUGCUGAUUAAAACAAGAAAAAGUAACACUCCAUCGCUAUGAAAUAUUUACUCUGCAGACUGUAAAGCUGUUGGACCUUUUCUUGCAGGAUUUACUUGUUGAUUCUUAAUUCCUUUCUUUGAAAAAUCUUAAAUAAUUUAACAUUCCUUUAUAUCCUCUUAACAUUGUCAAGGCUAGGGUAGAAGGAUUUUUUUCCCCCCUGCAAAAGGGCUCCAUCUAUGCUACCUUUUCAUGAUUCUUAGAAAUCCAGUUAUAAUCAAUAAAUUUUAACAGUUUAUGGCUUCCAAUAUCAGCACUGGAGUGGUUGGUUGUGAGUAUUAAAACCUACUACCAUUUUCCCUCAGCGAUACGAAAUUGCUGUCUUUUUGAUGAGAAGGUAUGGUUAGAAAAAAUAUGAAAGAUCACUUAAACCAAAGCCAGUUACAAGGAGUAUUCUCUCCUGUUGGUUUACCUUCACCUCAAAACUAUAAGACUAUUGUAGCACAUGGUGACUAGUUGUCUAACAUUUCUACCCGUUGUUGCAGUAGCAUAUUGGUCUUGGCAUUUCUUGGCACUGUGGUUCCCUGUUCCUGGUGAUGUCUUACUGUUCGUGAGGAUUUUCAUUUUAAGUAACUAAGCGGGACUUAUCAAUGUAGGUGUGUGUCAAUACCAAGAAGACCCUUUCUCAAGGCCCUGAAUUUCUGGUUUCCAUCCAAGUCUUUUAAACUUGUUUUUUUCCUGCUGAGUAACAAAGAACUUUUAUUUUCCACUUUCCUAAAUAUCUAAAAAGUAUGAACACUGCGUUACAGUUGACUGUAUUGUGUAUAGUUUUUUGCUGAAAACUUUUCCUGUAAACACAAUUGCCUUGUUCAGUUUAGCUGUAAACUGACUCACCAUAAGAUGCACUGUUGAUACGCUUUCUGAUGUGUGUUUGAUAAAAGUGAUAAAAUAAAGAUGAAAAAUACAGGAA